GAACUGCAGCUUGAGUCAGUUGUGUGGAGGUGGCAGCGGCGGCGGCUCCGGCUGGCACACCGGCUCCGGCUGGCACACCGACCCAAGCCCUCGGCCCGGCCGUGUGCGGACCCCAGGCCACCGGCACCCAGGGCCCUGCAGAGCCAUUGGGACUGGAACCGGCCACCCCAUCUCGGAGGGGGUCCCUGAGGUCCCCUCCACCCACCAGAUCAUCCCACCCCGGUCCCCACCAACACCCACUGCCACCGGGGACCUGCCCGACGCCACGGACCUGGGCUCCAGCCCCACGCCUGGCACUGCGGGGCGACGUGCCCCGGGCAUGACGGGCGCCUGCCCGGCUCCCUGACGGCAACGAAGGCAGCGGCCGCCCUCGCCGCCCCGCUCCCCCCGCAUGCCUUUCUCCCACGGGGCCGCCUGCCCCCCGUCGCGCCCGGCCACCCACCGCGCCACGGCCACCAUGGGUGAGACCCCCGAGCCGUCCCCCCAGGCUCCGCUGGCCGUCCUCUCCAAGGUGGAGCUGCGGGUGAGCUGUAAGCAUCUCCUGGACCGCGACACGCUCAACAAGUCGGACCCCUGCGUCCUGUUGCUGAUGCAGUCCCAGGGCCAGUGGAUGGAGGUGGACCGCAGCGAGAUCAUCAAGAGCAACCUCAACCCCGUCUUCGCCAAGAUCUUCACAGUGGACUACUACUUCGAGGAGGUGCAGAAGCUGCGGUUCGAGGUGUACGACAGCCACGGGCACGCCGGCGUGGGCACGCACGACGACGAUUUCCUGGGGGGCAUGGAGUGCACCGUGGGGCAGAUCGUGGCGCAGAAGCGGGUGACGAAGCCGCUGUUCCUCAAGUACGGGAAAUUCGCGGGCAAGUCCACCAUCACGGUCAUCUCGGAGGAGAUCUCGGGGAACAACGGCUACGUGGAGCUCGCCUUCCGGGCCAAGAAGUUGGAUGACAAGGAUCUCUUCAGCAAGUCGGAUCCUUUCCUGGAGAUCUACCGCAUCGAUGACGAUCGCAGCGAGCAGCUGGUAUACCGCACCGAGGUGGUGAAGAACAACCUGAGCCCCAUCUGGGAGCCCUUCAAGGUCUCCCUCAACUCGCUCUGCAGCUGCGAGGAGAAGAGGAAGCUGAGGUGCGUGGUGUGGGACUACGACUCGCGGGGCAAACACGACUUCAUCGGGGAGUUCUUCACCACCUUCGAGGAGAUGCAGAAGGCGAUGGGGGAGAACAAGGUGCAGUGGGACUGCAUGAACCCCAAGUACAAAAUCAAGAAGCGCAACUACAAGAACUCGGGGGUCGUGGUGCUGCUGGACCUGAAGAUCCACAGGGUCUACUCCUUCCUGGACUACAUCAUGGGCGGCUGCCAGAUCCACUUCACGGUGGCCAUUGACUUCACGGCCUCCAACGGGGACCCCCGAAACAGCUGCUCCCUGCACUACAUCAACCCCUACCAGCCCAACGAGUACCUCAAGGCACUGGUCGCGGUGGGUGAGAUCUGCCAGGACUACGACAGCGAUAAGAAAUUCUCAGCUCUGGGCUUUGGUGCGAGGAUCCCCCCCAAGUACGAGGUCUCCCACGAUUUCGCCAUCAACUUCAACCCUGACAAUGAUGAAUGCGAGGGCAUCCAGGGCGUCGUGGAGUCCUACCAGAGCUGCCUGCCCAAAAUCCAGCUCUACGGCCCCACCAACGUGGCCCCCAUCAUCUCCAAGGUGGCUCGCGUGGCAGCCAACGAGGAGCGGACGAAGGAGGCUUCACAAUACUUCAUCCUGCUGAUCCUGACGGACGGAGUGGUGACGGACAUGGCGGACACGCGGGAGGCCAUCGUCCGCGCCUCCUACCUGCCCAUGUCCAUCAUCAUCGUGGGGGUGGGCAACGCCGACUUCACCGACAUGCAGAUCCUGGAUGGGGACGACGGCAUCCUGCGCUCCCCCAAGGGCGAGCCCGUCCUCCGUGACAUAGUCCAGUUCGUCCCUUUCCGGGAGUUCAAGAACGCGUCACCGACGGCCCUGGCGAAGUGCGUGCUGGCGGAGGUGCCCAAGCAGGUGGUGGAGUACUACAGCUACAAGGCCUUCCCCCCCCGCUGCCCCCAGCCCGACACCCCCGACUCCAACCUCAGCUCGCCCCAGUGAGAGCCCCCCCGGCUCCCCGCAGUGUGGCGUGGGGACGGACGGGGUCCCCGCCGGGUCCCAACCCUGCCGCAGACCCCUCCUUGCCGGGCGGGGGGGUACACCGGGAGCCA